AUGGUUGAUAAAUUUCAUCCUUUUCAUCACGGGAAAGUUAUUUUGCGGGAUAAGAGCAACCAUGGUGAAGUUGUUGCUGUCAUACAGUUCACCCCAAUCAAUGAACUAUCCGCCAUUGAGAGAGAAGAAAUCAACUUCGUGACAACCUUCCUUCACCAAUCAAAGAAAUUUGUAAAUCCAACUGGCCCUUCUCACACUUGGGGAGGCAGGAUGUGGGGAAUCGGGUGGCGGAAGUGUAUGAAGGCUCUCAAACUAUUUGGUCGUUACAUCAAGCUGCGAGUAGCUCGUCAAUCACACACGGAAUACUUCGCCCUUUCUAACCAAGAUUUGAUGGAGACAAAUGGUAUCCCAUCCUUUGCCUCAGCCGAAUUCAAUGAUAGCCUCUCCAAGCUUGACUGCGCCCCACACAUCACAUUUACUUCGAAUGGAUUUUUUAAUGCUCCUCACUUUGAUAAAGGUGACACCUCAGAAUAUGCUUUUGCGCUCUUUGUUCCAACAAAUUCCUCUGACGGCACGCUUGCGGACCCUUCAAGUGGCUACAAUGUUUCUGGCGGCCGAUUUGUCUUCCCCAAUUACCGAUUCUACAUUGAUUUCAAGCAAAAAGGAAUUGCGGAUGGCAAUGUCACUUCAGAUUACAAAGAAAGCUUUGAACACCUGUUGGGGCAUCAAGAAUGGUAA